AGGGUUUUCUUCUGCUUAUAAUACUUUCAUUCUUGGUUCACUUUAAAACUGUAAAGCAGUAGAAAGUACAGACAGUUGUGUCAGAGUGUAGCCGUGUAGUUUCAUCACUUUCUACUUUCUACUCUGCUACUUUCCACCACCAUGGAGUGAUGUCUGAAUACUUCCUUAGUUCACAUUCUAAUAAUCUGGAUCUGCGUUCUUCUACAGGGAGCUUCUGGGAUGGAGAACCUUUACAGUCAGUCUGGUCGCUCGCUGACUGUCAUGGAGAACCCAGAGGAAGAGGAUGGGCUGGUGGAGCUGAUGAUGAUGAAGGCUUUGUGGAGGAGGAAGCUGAGGACCUGAGCGUGGCCGUCCUCUAUGAUCCAGAACACAGCAGCGUCCAGCAGGCCUCCAGCUCCUCUUCCUCUGCACCAUCCACAUCCAGCCGAGGAGAUCUACGUCAGCGCCUCAGCCACAGUCCUCUGCCUCCUCCUCCUCCUCCUCCUCUCCUGCCUCCUCCUCUGCCUCCUCCUCUCCUGCAGCACCCUGUCCAGCCAAGUGGAGCCUCUGGUCCUGCAGCAUCAGCUGGGUCCAGCGUUGCAGACCAGGCCCCUGCUGCAGUCCUCGGACCUGACGGCAUCCCAGGCUGGGAUAAGGUCCAGGACUUGGCCGAGUACCUGGUGUCCCUGCGUCAGGCGCUCUAUGUGGACGAGCAGCAGGUCAGAGGUCAUCCGUCUGUGGACCGCUCUGCCUGAAGGAGACAAGAGGAGGAUCCAUUACCAACCCAGGCACCUAGCCUGCUGGCCCACGGCCGCUUUAAGGCCCCCAGGAAUACGGGCGUCACCCCGGGUGUGGACAGCGUCAAGAGGAGCCUGAUUGGUCAUCCAGGGGGACCGGCUCAGUGGCCCAGCACCAGUCGUCUAGUUGAGGCUCUGUGCAUUAAAUUGUGUUCACUGCACAAGUCCCCAACUAAGAAGGA